AUGUUUGAAUAUCUUCAAGUUAUUAGAGAGGUUGUUGGAGACAUGGCACAACCACUUUUACCUACGUUUCCUAUGACAGUGUACUAUGGAAACGAAAGGGUGUUCAAUGGUCGUGAAUUUAAGGCAUGUGAUGUUGACAUUGCUCCAAGGGUUUUCAUUGGAGGUGGACCAAGCGAGUUGUACACGCUGAUUAUGAUUAUGGUUGAUCCAGAUGCACCAGACCCAAAUGAUCCAUGUUUGAAACAAGUUGUCUCAUGGAUUGUGAUCAACAUUCGUGGCGGGACUUCACAUUCUCAAGGCACUGAAGUUGUACCAUACGAGGCAUCUAGUCCUGAAGUUGGUAUCCAUCGUAACAUAUUCGUUCUGUACAAGCAACAAUCUCAACUUGAUAAUAUUGAAACACUUGCAUCUCGAUUUUGCUUUAACAUUCGAGCUUUCGCAACCGAAAACAACCUUGGAAAUCCUAACACUAACACCACCACCAUGAGUAACCAGACUCCUCCUUUGCUAUCGGGCGAAAACCACCGCCACUACCCACUAGGUAAGUAA